AUGACUGACCCUGCCGAAGAGGCUGCUUACAUCGAGAAGCUCUAUGAAUACGGAGAGCAGCUCAACAAUGCCAAGGACAAGUCUCAGAAUGUGCAGGAUUACCAGGGCAUCAUAGAUGCGGCGAAGACGAGUGUGAAGGCGAAGCAGCUCGCCGCGCAGCUCAUUCCCAAGUUCUACAAAUACUUUCCUGACCUCUCUGGCCCCGCCCUUGAUGCCCAUCUUGAUUUGGUUGAGGCUGAGGAGCUCGGCGUUCGUGUGCAAGCAAUUAGAGGUCUGCCACUUUUCUGUAAGGAUACACCUGAGAAUAUUGGGAAAAUGGUUGAUAUUCUUGUGCAAAUUCUUGGCUCUGAGGAAUUUGUGGAGCGUGAUGCUGUACAUAAGGCUCUUAUGUCACUGCUGAGGCAGGAUGUGAAAGCUUCUUUGACGGCCUUGUUCAAGCACAUUGGCAGUGUUGAAGAGCCAAGUACUGAUGAUGUUAUCCGUGAGAAAGUUAUAAACUUUGUUAGAGAUAAGGUUUUCCCUAUCAAAGCUGAAUUGUUGAAGCCCCAGGAGGAAAUGGAAAGACACAUAACUGAUCUCAUAAAAAAGAGUUUAGAAGAUGUCACUGGUAUAGAAUUUCGAAUGUUUAUGGAUUUCCUUAAGAGUUUGAGCCUAUUUGGAGAAAAGGCUCCAGCAGAACGGAUGAAAGAGCUUAUUGGAAUCAUUGAAGGGCAAGCUGAUUUAGAUGCGCAGUUCAAUGUUUCAGAUGCAGAUCAUAUUGACAGGUUGAUAUCAUGCCUUCAUAUGGCACUUCCAUUUGUUGUGAGGGGUGCAUCAAGCAGCAAAUUUCUCAACUAUAUAAACAAAUACAUAAUACCUGUUUUUGACCAGCUUCCUGGAGAACGGAAGGUAGAUUUACUCAGAAGCCUUGCAGAAUUUUCACCUUAUACAACACCACAAGAUUCACGCCAAAUGCUUCCUUCUAUUGUUCAGUUGUUGAAGAAAUAUAUGACUUGGAAGAAAACUGGAGAAGAGAUGAACUUUACCUAUGUUGAGUGCUUGUUGUACACAUUUCAUCACCUAGCUCAUAAGGUUCCUAAUGCAACAAAUAGUUUAUGCGGAUACAAAAUUGUUACUGGACAGCCAUCUGAUAGGCUUGGAGAGGACUUUUCUGAGCAUUAUAAUGAUUUUACUGAAAGAUUGAAUAAUGUUGAGGAGUUCACCCGAGCUACAAUCAAGAAAUUAACUCAAGGAAUGGAUGAAAACAACAAAUCUAUGGCAGGUGCUAAAACUGAUGAAGAAAAGGAAAAGAUUAAAACUAAGAAGCAGAAUGCCACAACCGGGUUGCGGACCUGUAAUAACAUCUUGACAAUGACAAAGCCAUUGCGUGCCAAAGUGCCUUCCUUUAUUGGAGAUAAGAGAAUCAAUCUCUCUUGGAAAGAAGCAACAAAAACUGCAUCAUCCAAUGCGCCAGCUUCUGGAGCAAAACGGCCUGCUAAUGCUGCCAACGGGUCCAAUAAUAUUGCAUCAAAGAAAGGUAGAGGUGGUGGUGGUUUACAAAAUCAACUUGUCAAUAGAGCACUGGAAGGAUUAUCUGGUGGAGGGAGAGGGGGUAUGAGGGGCAGAGGCCGGGGCUGGGGUGGUCGUGGAAGAGGAAGAGGAGGGUAUCGGUAA